GCAGCCAAACUGCCAAAGCCCGAUCGCCGAAGACGAAGUUUUUUUCUCCAAACACCGCGAACUUCUGCUUUUUUGGAACAGGGGCCAUAUCACAAAUGAUAAAUAUCGCCAUUCGCCAUAUGGAUUAUGAAACAAGGUUAAUAAGCGCAUAGCAUUAUAAAUGGAGCUCAAAUCAAGCGAUCCGAGCGCGUUGACCACUCUGCUGUCCGUGCAGAUGUGGGAUCCCAACUUUCUGGAAGAAGUUCUUCGCAGUCAUCGUUCGGAUAAAAAACAAGAAUUUCAGCAUCUACUGCAGUAUUUUCGAUCAAUUGCCGAACAUGGAGUAUCAUCCGACGAGGAUGCUCAGCUAUCGGAAAUCCUGGUGAAACUGCAGCGGCUGUGUCCUUGUCUGAAACAAGAACAUCUGGCGUUUGUAAACGCUUUGCUGGCUUGCAAUUUUUUCGUUUUAUCCGGAGAAACGUUCGAGGAAUUCGUCUUGUUUAUUACCGGUUUGCUGACGGCGCAGCCUUUUUUUGUUGAUGGAUGCUUACGGAAUUGGGUCAAGCGCUUUCGAUCUCUCCCACCUGAUUGCACCUUAGAUCUGAAUCGAGAAAAACUGGGCACAGUGGAUGAAAAAAUUAGGAUAUAUCAUAACCGAGUCCAUAUUGCCAUCGGCAAAGCCGUUCAGUUGAUUCCAUUGUGCCGACCAAAACUGAUGCACUGUAUAGCGGAUGGGUUUCCCUUCCGUCUGCGAGGCGUUGAAGAACAUUUUUUGUAUGCACGAAAUGUUUUAUCUUUGCUGGACAAGUAUCCAGCCAAUCGGAGCGAUAUCUUGACCAUAUUCUUGAAAUAUCUUGCAAAAUUAGAUGCCGAUGCUUCUCCAAAUGAAUUAAAUGAUCUUGAAGUGGACGAUGAUGAGGACAACGAGGAGGAUGAAGUUUCUACUGUUAACUGGAUAAUCGAACAUCCCACUGCUGAACGUCUGGAUCUCGUUCUGACUUUGGUUUUGGAGUAUAUUGAGCAACUGUCAGCAAAGCGCUGCGUGAUACCUUCAGAUCUGGAGCACUUUUACCGCGAUACCUUACCGGCUUUUGACGACAUUAUUAUGAUGUCACAAGGCUUAACUCAUGUGCAGUACAUUUGGUUUUACAUGGCCAGUCUGCGAGAACAAAUCGCUGAGGCACUGUAUCAGCGAUUGCGACAAAAUAUUUUAGCCACCAACAAACCUACGGUUCUGCGCCAGUUUGCUGUAUCCUACAUGUGCAGUUUCUUGGCCAGAUCAAAAUUUGUGCCUCUAAGAAAUUCUAUAAAGUUUGUUGACGAAAUGGUUCAGUGGAUCCACAAAUAUAUAACGGAUUAUGACCGCCUCCCUCACGUCCCUGAUAUGGAACAAGUCCAUCGAUUGUUCUACGUUAUAUGUGAAAAUAUAUUCUACCUCGUUACUUUCCGACACGAAGAAAUUUUUGCGCAGUCCAAAGGAAUAGCCUGGUUUAAGGCCCUGAACUUCAGUCGGAUAAUUUCUUCGAAUCUGAAUCCGCUGCGGUAUUGUAAGCGGGUGAUUCGAGAUCUCUUUGCAAGUGUGACCAGAAAUCGUGGAGUUUUGUUUUGUUAUACUGUGAUCGAACGUAAUAAUCGAAUGAUGAUUUUCACUGCUGCGAAAGAUGCAAUCUCAGCGCCGGGAGAUGAUAAUCCGCUCAAUACAUCUUUCCCUUUCGAGCCAUACGUCCUUAAAAGGUCGAAACGAUUUGUGACGCCGUUAUAUCGGUCGUAUGGAGAGGUGAUACUAACCGAAUUACCGGAAGCGGAAACAUAUCGUGGGUUGAUUGCGGAUUCCGAUGACUCAAAUCAGUCGAGGGACAGCGACGAAGAUGACGAUUCCGUUAUCGAAGAUUUUAGCCAGACAUUUAGAAAACCAUCCAGAAAACGUCAGCUCAGUGAGAAUACAACAUAACCUUUUGCUUUCAUUGGCGAUACUCUUCCUCGGUGAUUUGUUGCUUGUGUCUUGGUGCUUAUUAUGUUGCAGGUUUUUUUGUUGUGCAGAAUUUAAUGUCGUUUUAUGGUGUUAUAAAUUUUUUAGAGGCAUUCGAAUAAAAUUUGCCGACUCGAUGUUUGAUUAUUCAAAACUGAAAAAAAACAA